CUUGAACCGCUGAUUUGCUCAGGGAUUGUGUGGACCAAGUGGCUAUGCGCUGCGCUGCGCCCCGUAACCGUUCCCAAGGCUUGGCCCACGCCGUGCCCUCACCAUGCCAUCGUGAUGGCGAAUUAUCUACUACAGAAUGACCAUGAUCAUCAACACUGUAUAGUAUAAAGCUCUUUUUUCAACAAAUAAUUGCAAAUAGAUCCUAUCACAACUGAAUCCUACUGCAUUCACAUUAGGGGAUGUAUCUGAAACGGGUCUCGUUCCUCGUCGCGCUGUUAUCGGUUUUCUAUGGCCUGGUGGAGAGGAUAAUUCCAUCGCGCUUGCAACCAGCCUACACGCCUAGUAGCCCAUUCGGGCUUGUGCGAGCGGACAACUUCGACGCGCCGGGCCGCGCCCAUGGAAUAGACAUCAUCUUCGUCCAUGGACUCGGCUCAAACCCUGACACGACCUGGGGACCAAAGGACGGCAAUUGGGUCAACCGAUUCCUUCCCGAAGACAUUCCUUUGUCGUUACGCAAUCACACUCGGAUCUACUUUUACAACUACGAAACCUACUACAAGAGAGAUGCGAUACAGGCACGGCUUCGGACGUAUGGAGAGCAUUUGAUCAGCCAUAUAAACCUCGAGCUUCGGAGCACAGAAGAGGAGCGGACGCGUGAUCUGCUGCUCGUUGGGCACAGCUAUGGAGGUCUUGUGAUCAAGCAAGCUCUUCUAGAGGCUAGGCACAACAAGAGAUUUGUAGACAUAUUCAGGCACGUAAAAGCAAUCUUCUUUUUGGGAACACCUCAUCGGGGCUCGCACUUCAGUGCGUGGGGUAAUGUCUUUGUGCGGCUCUUGCAGCCGCUGGGAUCGAAUCCACUCCUGCUCGGAGAAGUAGUCUACGACGCGCUCCCCCUGAGCGACUUACAUAGAGACUUUGAAAACGUCCUCAGUGAAAAUGUAGAGGUGAUCAACUUCUACGAGACACGCAAGACACGAAUACUGAAGGUGUGGUUCUAUCAGUGGGAAGAGUAUUGCGUCCCUGAACAGUCGGCGAGACUGGGGAAGUCGCAAGAUAUUCCCCUGUACGUCAACCACUACGAGCUGAACAAGUUCACAUCAAAAGAUGAAAAUUAUAGGCAGGUCCUUGGAAAGCUUCUUCAGAUUCUUCAGCCCCUCGCGCUACAGAAACAACAGCGGUUCUACUCCGUUCCUGUGGCCACAGUGGACAGUUACAUAGAGCGAGCCACACUUUCGGCUGCAAUAGAAGAGAAGCUACGUGUGCGACACCAUAAGGCUACCGUACCCUACGCUGUUGCCAUCCAUGGACUUGGCGGUGCAGGGAAAAGUCAGCUGGCGUUGAAGUACGUGGAGGAUCACCAAGCCGAGUAUGACCUGAUCCUCUGGAUUGAAGUUCGUGAUGAGGAGUCUGUUCGCUCAAGCUUCGAGAGGUGCGCAAGCGAGCUCCGAUUAUCAGUAGAUCGCGGCGUGGGACAAGGCAUCAAGCUUGUGGACUCUCCCGCGGUGCAGGCUGUACUUCGCUGGCUCAGAAACCGCAAAGAGACAGACGGCAGGUGGCUCGCCAUCGUCGACAGUGCUGACAACGUUAACCAGGAGACCAAGGGUGUGGUUCCAACGGGCCCGGCAGGGGCCGUCAUCAUUACAAGCCAGGACAGGCAGGCAUCGCGGCUGAUCAGGGACUGCGAAGUCGUAGAGGUGGGCCAUAUGGAGCCGGUAGAAGCCAUCAGUCUUCUCCUCAAACACCUCAGGUUCAAGAUUAACUCGGCCCCAAAAGACGUACUGGAAAAUUGCAGCAAGAUUGCAGAGCAGCUCGAAUAUCUGGCCUUAGCCAUCGACCUCGCCGGCGCAUACAUGGGGAAUGCUGAAGAUCCGAAGCAGGCCCCCCAGCAAUAUUUGGUCGAUUAUGUCAAGCACAAGGAUGAUUUGCUACAAAAUGAACAGUUUCGCGGCCUCUCGACGAGCGACAAGACGGUGUGGACAGUGUGGGACACGACGCUUGAGCGCAUCGAGAGAAGCGGUGGAGAGCUCCGCCCUGGAAUGCUGCUUGCUCUCCUGGCGCAUUUCCGAGGCGGCGUAGUGGAGGAUGAGCUGCUCCGACUGGCAAGCCAGAACCUCUCUGUUGCGACUCAGAUCAUGUGCGAUGAUGUGGCAGAGCUCCCCUCAUGGCUCCCUCGCGUUUUCGCGUGCCAUAGGGGGGAAUGGGAUGACUUCGAUUACCGCCAGGCGCGCGACAUACUGCUGCGGUACAGCCUACUGAAGCGGACGCAUGGUGAGUGGUAUGGAGUGAGCAUGCACAGACUGGUGCAGUGGCGGGCAAUGAGGUCCAAACCAGAAGCACCGUGGGACCGUUGGCACGUGGCAAUCGUAGUGGCAGCUUACGUAAGCCUCUCUCGUAACACGGAAAAUCCGCAGUUCCGAAGGCACCUCCUCACGCACAUGCCGGAUGUUACCAUAGAACGCCUCAAAGAGUUAGGACUAAGUGACGAAAGAAUGAUGUUUCUCUGGGUAUCUGUUGUCACUUUGUACAUUGAAGAAGAGCUUUGGAAGGAGGCUGAAACGCUAUUAUUACAAGUUAUAAACACGCUCAAAACGAAGCUCAGAGCGGACCACUCAGGAACACUAACUAGUAUGAACAAUCUGGCCUCGACCUACAAGCACCAAGGCCGAUGGGAAGAUGCCGAAACGCUAGAUGUGCAAGCUUUGGAGGUAAUAAAGAUAAUGCUCGGAAUGGACAAUCCUGACACGGCCAUCGUGCCCAAUCUGGCCUUGAUCUAUAGCAAACAAGGCCGAUUGGAAGAUGCCGAAGCACUGUAUGUGCAAGUAAUAGAGACCUACAACAAGAAGCUCGGGGUGGACCAUCCUGACACGCUGAUGAGCAUGCACAAUCUGGCCUUGAUCUAUAGCAGCCAAGGCCGAUUGGAAGAUGCCGAAGCGCUGAAUUUGCAAGUAAUGGAGACCUGGAAGACAAAACUCGGGGUGGACCAUCCAAACAUGCUGAUAAGCAUGCACAAUCUGGCCUUGAUCUAUAGCAGCCAAGGCCGAUUGGAAGAUGCCGAAGCGCUGAAUGUGCAAGUAAUGGAGACUCGGAAGACGAAGCUUGGAGCAGACCAUCCCGACACCCUGAGAAGCAUGAACUGUCUGGCCUUGAACUACGCAAAUCAAGACCAAUUGGAAGAUGCCGAAGCGCUGUUUGUGCAAGUGAUGGAGACUCGGAAGACGAAGCUUGGAGCAGACCAUCCCGACACUCUGAAAAGCAUGAACUGUCUGGCCUUGAACUACAUAAAUCAAGGCCGAUGUGAGGGUGCCGAAGUGUUGAAUGUAUAA